AUGACAACUCCCGAGUAUUAUGGGUGGUGGAACAAAAGGGUCAAUGACAAUAUCCCUGGGCCGAGAGAAGAUUGCGUUCAGUCUCUAGAGGAGCGUCUGCAAGUAGCUCCGUCAGAAUUAGAAAUCAUCAAACAGGACUUUGAAAAAAGGAGUUUGGAAUGGGGAAAGAGGAUAGAGCAGCUAGAAGAGGAAAAGACGCGUUUGGGACUAGACGUCGAUAACCACAAGCUAGAAGCCGAGAAACUAAAGAAAGGAAAGAACAAGGCUGAAGAGGAUUUGGAUAGCCUAAAAAUGGAUUAUAAGAAGCUGCGAUUGUCGAUGAGAACUGUCGGUUUGGGUAAAACAUCAGAGCAGUGGCAACAGGAAAUCAAAGUAGAAAAGACCAAAGCUGAUCAGUGGGAGAAGAAAUUUCAAGACGCCCUAGUUCGAGAGAGCACUUUGGAGAAAAACUUGUCAGAAUGCCAGAAUGAAGAAGCAAGAUUAAAAGCCCGGGUAGCAGAGUUGGAAAAGUCGCUUCAUCUGCACCGUAGUCGCAACUCUGUGAUAGAGUUAAGAGCGAGCUUAAACAGGAUCGAAGAACUGAAAGGAAAGAUAGAGGAUCUUGAGGACGCAUUGCACAAUUCUGAACUGCAAAUGGAACAUCUUGAAAGGCGUAAUGAACAGUGCCAAGAGCAAUUCCAUCAUUCUCAAAAUCAGAUUAGAGAAAGGGAUUACAUUAUGGGCGAAGCUGUGACUCAAGUACGGGAAGUAGCGGAUCAUCUACAAACCUUAGCGAUUCAGGCUGAUGUAUUAAGUUUAAAGUUUGAAUCAGAAUCGAGCCGAGGUCGAGAGUUAGCUCGACUCCUUAAGAGUGUUAAGGCUUUAAGUAUAAGGGCAAAGCCGUAUAUGUAG